AUGAUCGCCAUCUUCGGCAACGUUUCCGGCUUUUUGUCAAUGCCAACCAGUAUUUUCGCUCUUGGCUCCUGGGCUGCCGAGCCACAGCCUGGCAGCGUUGGAGCGUGGGAGCCUGCCACUUCUCAGCCUCUGCUAGGAUCCAAGUUGUGUACUGGCAAAGUACCUUCACCUGGAUCAUUUUCAUACGAGGGUCUGGACAAAGGCCGAGUGCCUGGCCUCGCAGCCAAUGGCCCUGGACGAGAAAGCGACGCUGCGGUUCGCAGAUGGGAGCCCCACCCAACCUUGUCGAGUUCCUGGCACACGUACUCGCUUGCCAAGGGCAGUGCCAUGAUCCGGAUGUCGUCUGUCCCGCAACCAAAAGAAAAGUCGCCCAGUGCAAGCAGCGUCCAUGACUGA